AGCACUUCGAAAGAUCAUAUGUUUUUGGUUUGAAACAUUUAAUUAAAUUGUAUUGGCGACAAUUAUCUCUUAUUCACUUACGGUAACCCUGAUGCAACCGGCAGGAAAUCUGCUGAAAAAUCGCUCAGAAAACCUUCGAUUUAUCAUCAAGUAAACAUCAAAACUGUUUAAAACAUUCUUGAAGACUUAAUACUAAUGGCAGAGGCAGCCGAGGCUCUAGAAAAGAUGAGUUUGAGUGAACUCUAUACAUCCGAGAAAAAAGGCUGCGAUGAAUCUGGCGAUGGAACCGAAGGGAAGCCAUUCAAGACAAUUCUGCAGGCAAUGAGGCAUGCUGGGAAGGAACCUUUUCCCGCAAUCUUUGUUGACGCAAAAGGAGAGAAAGGGGAAGAGCUAACACGGGACUAUGAUGUUGCCGCUAAAGCUCAAAUAAAAAAGUUAACAAAGAUCUUUCAACGGGAGCAACACAAAGCUGCUGAUAGACUGAAAAAAGAGGCUGAAGAUGCGGAACGUAGGGACAAGAACUUGGAAGAGGCAAAAAAGAUUGUUAUUGAGGAAGAUACCAGCCUCCCAGCAGCCACUCAGAUAAAGCUACGAGACAGCAAAGAAAACCGUGACAAGCGUGUUAAGAUAUUUGGUUGGGUUCACAGAUGUAGAAGGCAGGGGAAAUCACUCAUGUUUAUCAUACUGAGAGAUGGAACAGGGUACAUCCAGUGUGUUCUCAAUGACAAAUUAUGUCAGACAUACAAUGCGCUAGUUCUCUCUACAGAGUCUAGUAUUUGUGUCUAUGGUACAAUUAAAGUCCUACCCGAUGGGAAAACUGCCCCCGAUGGUCACGAGUUGAUAGCAGAUUAUUGGGAACUUGUUGGACUUGCUCCUCCAGGUGGCGCUGAUAACCUACUCAAUGAGGAAGCACAUGUAGAUGUUCAGCUGGACAACAGACAUAUGAUGAUCAGAGGAGAAAACACUGCAAAGAUUCUCAAAAUGCGCUCAGUUACAAUGCAGUGCUUUAGGGACCACUUUUUCAAUAAAGGAUAUUUUGAGGUGACCCCACCAUGUAUGGUUCAAACUCAGGUCGAGGGUGGAUCUACUUUAUUCAAGUUUGAUUAUUUUGGAGAAACAGCAUACCUGACACAAUCAUCCCAGCUUUACUUAGAGACAUGUUUACCCGCUCUAGGAGAUGUUUUUUGUAUCGCAGAAUCUUACAGAGCUGAACUUUCAAGAACCAGGAGGCAUUUAGCAGAGUAUACGCAUAUUGAAGCUGAGCGUCCAUUCAUUACAUUUGAUGACCUCUUAGACACUCUAGAAGAUCUUGUAUGUAAUGUCAUAGAGAGAGUCUUACAGUCUCCAUUAAAGCAACUGCUUUAUGAUCUCAACCCCAACUUCCAACCCCCAAAAAGACCUUUUAAGAGACUAACAUAUGCUGAUGGGGUGAAAUACCUUAAAGAAAACAACAUUACGAAAGACGAUGGCACAUUUUACGAAUUUGGAGAGGAUAUACCAGAAGCUCCAGAGCGAAAAAUGACAGACAAAAUAAAUGAACCAAUAUUAUUUUGCCGAUUCCCAGCAGAAAUCAAAUCAUUUUACAUGCAGAAAUGUAAAGACGACAGGAGGGUUACAGAAUCUGUGGAUCUCUUGAUGCCUGGUGUAGGUGAGAUCGUUGGUGGCUCCAUGAGGAUGGACAACGCUGAAGAACUAGAAGAAGGUUACAAACGUGAAGGGAUUGAUCCAUCUCCAUACUACUGGUACACAGACCAGAGAAAGUAUGGUACUUGUCCCCAUGGCGGCUAUGGACUUGGUCUUGAGAGGUUCCUCUGCUGGAUGUUGAACAGGCCACACAUUAGAGAAGUCUGUCUUUAUCCUCGCUUCAUUGAACGAUGCAGACCAUAGUGACAUCUUUAUGAACAGUUCAAAGUCAUUUACAUUUUGGAUUGGAGUGACAUCUUUAUGAACAGUUUAAAGUCAUACAUUGGAUUGGAGUGACAUCUUUCUGAACAUUGAAAAGUUAUUUGUGAAAGACCAUUCCAGUAUAUCAUGGUACCUUAAAUGACAUUGGUACUAUUUUACUGUAAAAAUACUUCAUUGACGUUUGUUUGUGACCUAUUUAAACAUGUCAGUAUAACCCAGUUUCUAUAUUUCUCUAGAUAAGCUAUAAGAUUCACUUUUAUGUCUACUGGAAGGAGAUCUUGAUAUUAUCAUGUAAUUUAUCAUCAUUCAUUUAUGUUCAAGUUAAGAAAAAACUGUGGUGAUCACGAUUGGAAAAUAAUAGUGUAACAGGAUAAGAUGAAUCAGAACCCCAGCCAUAAAGUCAAUGCUCUAUAUAAUGGGGAUGUUACUAAAAUUUGGUAAUUCAAACUGUUUGAUUUAGGCAUUGUUUAGGUAAUUUUCUCACUAUACACUAAAUACCUCAUAUACUUUGAAGCACUUACUAUGUAACCAAACAUAUAGUACAAUACACAAUGUUAUCAAACAUUAAAUUCAAAAAUGCACAAUGAUGCGGGAGCUUUCCCUAUAAUUAUCUUCUUUAUUAAUGAUUUAUACAACAGGCCCCUGGAGU